AUGCGAUUCCCAACUCUAUCAUUGCUUCUACUAGCUCAUCAAGCCCAAGCAUUUCAAGGUCAACACCCUAUUCAUGAGCCCUCAAUCUCCUCGACAUCGACAUCCCCACUCUUAAAGCUCCACAAAGGCCUUGUAGAACACGAAUCGAUCACAGGAAACGAGCACAACGUUGCAAAAUACCUCAUUUCCUACCUAAAAGACCAAAACUUCACUGUUGAAUCCCAAGACGUCGGUCCUUGGAAAGGCUCAACGAACCCUAGGGAGAAUGUAUUUGCAUACAUUGGCAAGCAGCGGAAGACAAGAGUGUUAGUCUCAUCGCAUAUCGAUACCGUGCCGCCGUUUUGGCCAUACGAAAGAAGAGGAGAUGAGAUCUGGGGACGAGGAACCGUUGACGCGAAGGGUAGCGUUGCUUCGCAAAUAAUUGCAGUAGAGGAGCUUUUGGCCGCGGGGACGCUUGAGGAAGGGGAUGUGGCUCUACUAUUUGUAGUGGGAGAAGAAGUCGGGGGAGAUGGCAUGAAAAAGGCAAAUGAUUUGGGUUUGAGUUGGGAGACUGCCAUAUUUGGUGAGCCGACGGAAUUGAAGCUAGCUAGUGGGCAUAAGGGUACUAUGGGUUUGGAGAUCGUGGCAAAGGGCAAAGCUGGCCAUUCUGGAUACCCUGAGCUGGGGAAGAGCGCAAAUGCCAUGCUGGUUCCCGCUCUGAAUCUUUUGCUGAACGUCGAGUUACCAUACAGUGAAAAGUAUGGUAACACGACCUUGAAUAUCGGAACGAUGGAAGGAGGCGUCGCAGCCAAUGUCAUUGCUGAGAAUGCCGGUGCUAAAAUAGCGAUUAGACUUGCAGACGGAACGCCAGCUGUUAUCGAGAAGAUUAUACUAGAUACUCUUCUAAAGGCGGAUGAAGAGUUGGAUGUGUUUUUUAGUUCAGGGUAUGGGCCAGUUUACAUCGACAGUGAUGUACCAGGCUUUGAUACCAUUGUGGUAAAUUAUGGCACGGAUAUCCCUAACCUGGAGGGAGACCAUAAGAAAUAUCUCUAUGGCCCAGGGACGAUCAUGAUGGCUCACAGUGAUCACGAGCAUCUCGAGGUCAAAGACCUAGAGAAUGCUGUCAAGGGAUACAAAGCUUUGAUCGAGCAUGCAUUAAAAUAG